AUGUCUCAAGCUAUACAACCAUCACCACCAACUGGACCAGUUUCAUGGUUAUUACCACCAAUAUCUUCUGAUCAAACUGGAAGGAAAUGUUUGGUAUUGGAUCUCGAUGAAACUUUAGUUCAUAGUUCAUUCAAGAUUAUUCCCAAUCCUGAUUUUGUUGUACCUGUAGAAAUAGAUCAACAAGUACACAAUGUAUAUGUUCUUAAACGACCUGGUGUGGACGAAUUUAUGCGAAAAAUGGGUGAAAAGUAUGAAAUUGUUGUCUUUACAGCAAGUUUAUCAAAGUAUGCGGAUCCUGUAUUAGAUAUAUUGGAUAAGCAUCGGGUGGUGAAACAUCGCUUAUUCAGGGAAUCUUGUUUUAAUCAUAAAGGCAGUUAUGUCAAGGAUCUUUCACAACUUGGUCGUGAUUUGGCUACUACCUUGAUUUUGGACAAUUCUCCAACAAGUUAUCUUUUCCAUACAUCCAAUGCUGUACCUGUAUCAACUUGGUUUAAUGAUCCUCAUGAUACCGAAUUGACUGAUCUUGUAGAAUUUUUAUAUGAUUUAGCAUUUGUUGAUGAUGUUACCCUUGUUUUAGAUAGUGCUAUUGAACCCUCUUCCAAUGUGGCUAUGAAAUGA